CCCCUUCUUCCCGGGGCAGCCACUGGCCCAAAGGGUUCCCGGCGCCCUCGGUCACCGCGUCCACUUCCGCCCGGGAAGAAGGCGCCUCCCACUCGGCUCCCCGGUGACCGUGGCUUCGGGCUCAGCCGGGCUGUGGCGUUGCCCCCUCCGGGUCUCGCCUCCUCCGCGCGGUAGACAGUUUGCUGGCGGCGACGAGGAGAAUAACCUUGCAGGAUCAGUCCAGAGAGUGGGUCUCCUGGCUGUAAACACUUCUUCUGGAGAGUGGAUAUCAACUGACGAUAAAGUUAAAAUACUCAGAUUCAAGGCUAAUUUGGAAGGAUCAGGAUUUUCCGUGGUCUCCUCGCCCUCAGGACAGCCCAGCCCGACUUAAAUAUCUCCAAUGGCUAACGAAGCUCAUCCUUGUCCCUGUGACAUUGGCCAUAAGAUGGAGUAUGGAGGGAUGGGGCGUGAAGUUCAAGUGGAGCAUAUCAAGGCUUAUGUCACCAGAUCCCCUGUUGACGCUGGCAAAGCCGUGAUUGUCAUUCAAGAUAUAUUCGGUUGGGAGAUGCCCAAUACCAGAUAUAUGGCUGACAUGAUCUCGGGAAAUGGAUACACAACCAUCGUUCCAGACUUCUUUGUAGGGCAGGAGCCAUGGCACCCCUCUGGGGACUGGUCCACUUUUCCAGAGUGGUUGAAAACAAGGAAUGCCAGAAAGAUCGAUAAAGAGGUGGAUGCUGUCUUGAGGUAUCUGAAACAACAGUGUCACGCCCAGAAAAUUGGCGUCGUGGGAUUCUGCUGGGGAGGAAUUGCUGUCCAUCACGUGAUGAUGAAAUACCCAGAAUUCAGGGCAGGGGUGUCCGUGUACGGCAUCGUCAAGGAUUCUGAUGACGUGCACAGUUUGAAGAACCCCACGUUGUUCAUUUUUGCAGAAAACGAUGCUGUGAUUCCUCUUGAUCAAGUCUCUUCGCUGACCCAAAAGUUGAAAGAACACUGCAAAGUGGAGUAUCAAAUUAAAACAUUUUCCGGGCAAACUCAUGGGUUUGUGCAUCGAAAGAGAGAAGAUUGUUCACCUGAAGAUAAGCCCUAUAUUGAUGAGGCAAGAAGGAAUUUACUCGAAUGGCUGAGCAAGUACAUUUAGCAGUGGCCAAUGCAAACUUUUCACAUGAUAGUGUUUGUCUGGAAAUUGGCUUUGAAAUAUUUAAUCAUUUUAUUUAAUUUCUUUGUAUAAAAUAAAUCAAGGAAUCCUGAAAUUCA